AUGACCACAACCAACCUCACCGGCAAAACCUGCCUGGUCACCGGCGCAGGGGGCGGUCUAGGCAAAGCAAUCGCAACGCAAUUCCUAGAAGCAGGCGCCAACGUCGUCAUCUGCGAUAUUAACGAGACUCGUCUCCAAGAGACAUCAGCGGAGCUAUCACCCAAGGGCCCACUGAAAGCCAUCAAGACGGAUAUCACCAACACGGGCGAAGUAGAAACCCUCUUCGAGACAGCCAUUGGCGCAUUCGGCAAGAUCGAUGUCCUGGUCAACAACGCCGGUAUCAUGGACCACUUUGACCCAAUCGGGGAUCUGGACAUGGAGCUCUGGGACCGUGUCAUUGCGCUUAACUUGACUGCGCCGGCUCUGCUGAGUAAACUUGCUGUGCGCAAUAUGCUUCAGCAGGAGACUGUCGAUGGACGGAUUAUCAAUAUUGUUUCUGUUGCUGGGAAGGCUGGGUGGGCUAGUGGCGCUGCUUAUACGGCUAGCAAGCAUGGUCUUGUUGGCUUGACGAAGAACACGGCUGCUUUCUACGGUACUAAGGGUAUCAAGUGUAAUGCGUUGAUGAUGGGUGGUAUGCAUACGAAUAUUGUUGAUGCGUUCAAGACGGGUAUGCAUACCGAGGGGUAUCAGAAGAUGGCGUCGAUUUUGGAGUCUAUUCAGACGCCCCCUGUGGAUGUGGAUGAGGUUGCUGGGUUCUGUGUUAAUUUGACUUAUGGCAAGGGAGCUGGGCAGAUUAAUGGCGCUACUAUUGCUAUUGAUAAUGGGUGGACAUCUGUUGUUGGAUGA